ACGAGGCACGCACGCUCACUGCGCGUGUCCUCCAUCCGCCAUCCUCGCCCCGUUCCUCCACCCACGCCUCUCUCGUCGAACACGGCCAAUGCCAAUGCAAUCGCCAGCAAACACAGUCUAACCAGCUCUAGACCGACCUGUCUUCGUUUCCAUAUUCAUACUUGUGUGCGUUGUUGGCAGCAGAUACAUAUACAGCGGAUAGCGGAUAGCGGAUGCUCAUCGUCCAACCGACGUCCACCUGCGACGUCUGCCUCGACCGCUAUGCAUGGGACGCACCCGCUUCAGAGUCCCUUUCCAAACCCCACGUAAUCACCUGCGGACAUGUAUUUUGUCAUCAGUGAGUUUGUUCUGCGGUCCGCUUAUUCGACAAAUAUGUAAUGUUGAAUUAUCGCGCGCCAAAUCGUAAUAUCAUUACUCUAGAUGUCUGCAGAAUCUCCGCACACCGCGUACUUGCCCUCUCUGCAGGGCGAGCUUUCACCUUACCAGAGCGGUGAAGAUCCAUGUUGAUCUUGCGAGUGACGAUGCUGGGCGACAUCUCACAGCGGAGGAGGCCGAAGCACGGCGGUUCGAGUUGCGUAUUGCAGAAAUCUCGUUGCUCGAAUCUUCGUCGCAGGUGCCAUCGGUGACGACGACAUCAGAAGAUGGGCCUACGGAGGAUGGCGGGGAAAGAACAACAACGAACGAGGACUUGGAAAGCCAACGGGCUCUUAUAGUCGAAGAGGCGCUCGCCUUCCUCGACAACACCCCGCCGGAAUCGCAUCCCAUCCUGCGCAACCUCCUUGCGUCCAUCAACACCCAACGAACGCUUUCGGAGAGCCUGCAUACUGCGGAAGUAGAGACUUUACGCAUGCGUGGUGAGCGUGACCAUGCCCGUCGAUACUUACGCAGGGCCGAGCGUGCGAGGGAGCAGGAAGUGGCCCUUGCUAAGAGCGCGGAGAAGAACUGGAUGAUGCGGGUCGCAGAAGUCGAGCGGGAUUGUGAGGUGUAAGCUCACGGAAGCAGCAGCAGAGCGUCAACGUCUUCAGGAUGAACUUGCACACUAUAAGCUAUCUCUUAAAGAUGCCCAGGCAACACAAUCGGACAUCCUCGUCCAAGCGCACAUGCAAAUCCGUGACCAAUCUCAAAACGCUGUUGCUGCCCCUCCGUAUUCUCCUCCAUCCCGAACAGUACCAGUAGCCCAAGCCCAGGAUCAACCUGCCUCGUCUGCGGUGGCAGCGUCAACAUCAUCGGUCACUCAACAGUCGCAAUCGCAAUCGCAGUCACAACCCCAGGCGUAUCAGCAAACCCAACCUCAAGCAGGGCCUUCUACUGCGGCAUCCUCCUCUGAAGUCGCUUUCGCACGUACCUCCUCCCCCUCGCCAUCCACGUACGAAUAUGAAUAUGAAUACACGUACAACCCACUUCCCCGCCCUCCAGAGCCUGUUCCUCUUUCUCGACUUCCCGCGUUUGCGCGACCACGGCCGGGGAGUAGCGCCUAUACGGCUGCGAGGGCUUUGGCGAGGCAUGCUCAUCGACAUGAAAAAAGGGCAGAAGAGAGAGAGGGAAGCAAGAAGGGAGAGGCGAAGAGAGAAAGAACGAGAACGCGGGAGGGAGACAGAAGAUGAGAGGGAACGGAAGGAGAGAAAAGAGAGGAGGAAGGAGCGCGAGAGAGCGCGAGAAAGGGAGAGAGAAAGAGGGAUGAAGGGCGUAGGCUCGGAUUCUGGGAAAGAGCAUCGCCGUACGCGAGAAGGGAAGGAGAAAGAUCGCGGUACGGAUACCUCUGCGACAGAGACACAAGAGCGUCUUAAGGCUGCGCGAAAGCACCAUACCUCCCGUCAGGGCACCUCAGAGCAGCCAAGCGGGUCGGCGCUCACGAAUGGUGCUGCCUACAUGAACGAGAUUGAAGCUCCUGUUCCGGAUCAACCCAACGGAAAAGCGAAUACAGAGAUAAAUGGUGUAGCACCAAUGCCUGCUGCAGUCCCGCGUGAUGUUGUAGGCGGAUGGGGCCUCGAGCGUUCAUGGCGCGCUUCCCUAGCUUCUAAUUCGUCAGAUGCAUCCGGGCCCGCCGAAGACUUGUAUGCCCCGCAUAGAGACGCGGCCGGUGUAGUUGGAGCCGUAGCUGUUGGAUCGAGCCAUACAAAGAUGAGGGUUCGGGAGGAAAAGGACAAGGAGAAAGAGAAGAAAACGGACAAAGUUAAGGGCAAAGGGAAAGAGAAGGAGGUAGACGUGCUAGAGCCUGCAACCGACGACAUCAAGGACGACUUUGUCUUUGUGGCAUCUGCUAACGAGGAACGGGAGAAAGAACGCGAUCGGCACAUCCCCUUCGCAUCUUAUCCGUCAUCUUCGAACAACAUCCUUCCACAGCCUCCCCAGUCGCAAACUCCUGCGCAAGCUCAAUGGCAAGGCAGAGAAAGAGAAAGACGAACGACAUUAAGCGCGGUACCCUCUGCUCUUGGGCUCGUCCUUGUCCCAAGUCCUGACGGUCGAGGCGGGUACGAAUACCAAUACCAAUAUCAAUACCGAUUCCCACCACAAUCGACUAUCCAGCCCGGAAGUGCCGCGAGUGGUACAACAUUAGGCGGCAAGGAAUCAAUUACACCACUAGCUAGCCUUCUCAACAGCAAUAAUCAGCAUAACGGGUAUUUUUUUGGAGCAGCGCCGGAGAUGCAUAGUCGUGCUUCGACGGCGAGUAACGCAACGCUUACGCGACGGGCGACGGAUUCUCAACUUCAGGCCCAAGCACAAGCACAUGCCUAUGGUGUAUAUCCUACACUUAGACAUCCGCGUGCACCGUCAACUGCGCCUUUACAUGUCCCGCAACCGCGACGCGUGUCUUUGACAAUCCCAGAGCCUCCAGAAUCAGAGCCGGAGUCUAUUCGCUCGCAGACUCGAACCCAACCACAGGCUCAGGCUCAGACGCAGACCCAACAGCCCUUUCGUGGUGGUAAUGAGUCGUACGUGAGUUCAGGAUACCCAAACGUAGAAUCAUGGAGGGAUGCAUUUAGUCAACAGCAGCAGCAACAACGCGCGACCGCAGUCGAUAGUACCAAUGGAAAUGGAGGCUCAGGAGGGUUUUACGCCAACUCCAACCCAAGUGCAAACAUGAGCCUCGACAGUGCGCUUGCCUCUAAGUCUCUCGCAGCCGCUGCUUCUACCUCGUCGUCAAACAUUGCCACUGGUACUGAUUCAAAUGCAGAAGAAAGCGGAGGACCACAACAUACUCUGCGCCACCGAACGAGCGACUCAAGCACGGCCUCCGCAUCUACGGGCAUCAGUUUAACAGGUACGACGAGCGGCGAACGUCGCAAACAGCUACUCGACGCGUUGUUCAUGGGUUCGUCGACUAGUACGGACACAGGUGCUUCGACUUCGAACAGGUCGAGUUACGCGUCAAAUGGGUCGUUCGACGAGGUUGUUGCGAAUACGAAUGCAAAUAGGGUGUCCCUUGGAAGGACGUUAGACGCUAAUACCGCUGGUCCUUCGAUCGCAGGAGUCGCAAAAACGGAUCCUUCCGCAUCUACACAAGGCCAAAACCUCGUCGUAGCCCCCGUCGCACAAAAGCCAGUCGUACCUCCCGCUCCUCGCGGUGUCCCGAGUCGGGACGGUAGGCCUUCACGUGGACUCGAUAUGAGCACGCGACCGAGUACGACUCAGCCUAUCCAAACCAUUCAGAAUACCCAAGCACAAGUCCCUGGGUCAACUGCGUAUCCUGCUACUGCUCUCCCAGUGCCGUCCACCUCUCACGUCCGACAGGCUACUUACCCGCCUGGUACGUAUGCUUCUUCCACGAUGGCGUACGCGACGUUGCCACACGCGCAGACUCAAGGAGGUCAAGCGACGUACGGGACUACCGCUGCGUAUCCGUAUACUUAUCCCGCUUCUGCAUACUACCAGUCUCAACCACAAGCACAUGGUGCAAGUACUGCUGCUGCUGCUACUGCUACUGCUACUGCUGCCGCACAAGCAAGCCGCUUUGCUAAUUACUCGGUAGCUCCGGCGGCUGUUGCCAGUGCACAGGAUCACCGUUAGCUGUUGAAAGUCAUUUGUCAAUUGAUGUUUACAACAAACGACGAUUCCGGUGAUAGUCGAGGAAUUUAGUGUACUCCCUGUCUCUACUUGCGAAAACCCUUUCUUUUUCCUCAACGUUCUUUCCUGACCUGAUAACGUUUUGACAACGUGACUUUACGACUUUAGCUUGUACUCACUGCUUUCUUCGCUUUGCCUUCGUAUAUCCUAUCUGUAUCGUUUUUAUUUCUUACUUACGAUUUAACGACUUCGGUUUUUUGUUUUGUUUUCCUGCUUACUUACGCUUAUGACGUUACCCCCCGGCUUUACUUUCUUGGUUUUUUAUUGUUCUUGAUGGAAUAUGUUCUUGUAAUAUUUUCUUCUUGACUGUUUGGUUUUCGCGUUUGUCUAGGUAAAUCUCCC